GGGAAAAUCAAACCCUAGAAACAAAAAGUAAAAUAAAUGUCCUUCUCCACACGAUUUCCAAGAUCUACUAAACACGCAGUUUAAUGUUUUAAACACGCAGUUUAAUAUUUUCUAACCUCUGUUUCCAAAUUGUUUUUUUUUUGUUUUUUUAAUUAGAAGAUUUCGCUGAAUGAGUUCCAAUAAAGAUAGCGACUCUGAGAACAGCCACCGAAGCGAGAAGAGGAAGAAGUCAAUUCUACCAAAGAUUUUCGGAUCAAGACGAUGUGGUAAACAACAAGAACAUGAAGAAGAUGCAUCUAAUAAUAUGAACAACAGAGGAAGUUACGAUCAUCACGAAGACAACAAUAAAAUUUUCAAUGAUUUGGAGCGACGACUUGCUUCUCGAAAGAAAUCGAUUCUUGACAACACUUCUCCAAUGAUAUGGAAGACUCUUUCUGAGAGAAAGUCAAGCCCUGGAAUUGAAGGCUUGAAUCUAUCAAGUUUCGAUAGGCCUAUGGCACCAACAACAGAGAUUCGUGAACUCAGGGUGUUUCUAGCUACGUGGAAUGUAGGUGGGAGAACACCUAACAACGACCUUAACCUCGAAGACUUCUUGCUCGUUGAAGGCACAGCAGAUUUAUAUAUCUGUGGGUUUCAAGAGAUUGUUCCUCUAAGUGCAGGGAACGUACUAGUAGUCGAAGACAACGAGCCUGCAGCUAAAUGGUUAGCUCUAAUAAGCCAAGCUUUAAACAAACCGAAACAAGACUCUGUUUACUCAAACGCAGCUUUCUCCGCCUCAAAAACAACAACCUGUAGUAGUAGUAGUAGUGGUUGCUGUACCGAAGAGUCGAGAACGCCAAGCAGUCUAAGUUUCUUUCAAAGGCCUAAUCUUAAAGUCUUGAGCAGAAACUACCGUGUCGAUUCAAGUCUUUUGAAGACUUGUAACUGUUCGGUGGUUAACGAUACUUCUUCCGUUGGUUGGGAAGGUAGGAGGUCGAAAAGGUACAGUGAUCCUAUUGCGGAUAGCACUAAUGCGGAGCCUGAGAAUUUUAGGGUUCAUGAGAAUUUCUUGUUUGAUGAUGUUGUUCCGGCGGCGACGACGAUGAUGAUGCCUGGACAAAUGAGUUACAGAUUGAUUGCUAGUAAACAAAUGGUUGGUUUGUUUUUGUCUGUGUGGGCUAGAAAAGAGUUGAUUCCACAUAUAUCUCAUCUUAGGCUUGAUUCUGUUGGAAGAGGAAUCAUGGGUCGCUUGGGGAACAAGGGAUGUAUAGCUAUAAGCAUGUCACUGCAUCAAACAAGCUUUUGCUUUGUGUGUAGCCAUUUGGCUUCUGGUGAGAAAGAAGGUGAUGAGAUGAGAAGAAACGCUGAUGUAGCUGAGAUUCUGAAGCAUACUCAGUUCCCUAAACUCACCAAAAGCCCUAGUUGUCGCGCACCUGAAAGAAUCGUUGAUCAUGACCGAGUGCUUUGGCUUGGAGAUUUGAAUUACAGAGUUGCGUUAACCUAUGAAGAGACAAGAGUGUUACUAGAGGACAAUGAUUGGGACACUCUUCUUGAGAAAGACCAGCUUAACAUGGAAAGAGGAGCAGGAAGAGUCUUCUCUGGAUUUCAAGAAGGUCAAAUCUUCUUUGCACCAACCUAUAAAUACACUCAAAACUCAGAUGCUUACGCCGGAGAAACCACCAAGUCCAAGAAAAAACGACGAACUCCUGCUUGGUGUGAUCGGAUUCUAUGGAGAGGAGAAGGAAUAGAACAGCUUUCUUACAUUCGAGGAGAGUCACGGUUUUCAGAUCACAGACCGGUGUGUGCAAUCUUUGCAGUAGAGGUUGAUGUGAAGAGUCUGAACAAAGGUAGAUUCAGGAAAGGUUAUUCUAGUGCAGCUGCAAGAUUGGUUGAAGAUGACACUCCUAAAAGACAUAGUUUUUAUGACUAAAGAUUUGUUACCAUUCUUUUUCUGAACUAAAACAAAAUUGAUUAAAAGAAAGUAUUAUUUCUUGAUUUGUAUAGCUUUUGGAGUAACACACAAACAACAACAAAAUGUUUUUCCUCUGUUUAUUCU